CACAUUGUUGCGCGCAGUUGCUGGACACGCGCUGAUCCCCGAGAUCCCGGGAGACGGAGGAGGAGAUCAGACGGAUCUGACACAUCACACAUGAGGGGGAAAAGCCAGCACUGCGCGUCGGGACGGCUUCGGACCUCUCGCCGCAGCGAUCGCAGCCCUGCCUGAUCCUGGCUGGCUGUGUCUCCGCUCCGGAGCCGGGGCAAAUAACUGUAUAUAUCUUUUAGAGCACAAGUGGGAGAAUCAUGAGCAACCUGCAGUUGUGGGACCAGCUGAGAGCGGGCAGCUCCGAGGUGGACUGGUGCGAGGGCAACUACCUCAUUUACUCUGGGAUCGCCGAGUUUUACAACACGAUCAGCAACAUAUUGUUUUUCAUUCUGCCACCCAUUUUAAUGUGCUUAUUUCGUCAGUACGCCGCACAUUUCAACAGUGGGAUAUAUGUGAUAUGGACUCUUCUGGUUGUGGUUGGUAUUGGAUCCACAUAUUUCCACGCCACCCUCAGCUUCCUCGGCCAGAUGCUGGACGAACUGUCCAUCCUGUGGGUGCUCAUGUGUGCCAUUGGCAUGUGGUUCCCGAAGAGAUACCUGCCCAAAGUGUUCCGCAAAGACAGGUCAAGGUUCAAGGUAGUUAUCGCGGUCCUCUCAGGGAUCACCACCGGCCUGGCCUUCGUGAAACCUGCCGUCAAUGCCAUCUCUCUGAUGACCCUGGGGAUCCCCUGCACUGCCUUGCUCAUCACGGAGCUCAGGAGAUGCGAGAACCCGCGUGUGUUCAAACUGGGUCUGAUCUCCGGCGUCUGGUGGACGUUGGCCCUGCUCUGCUGGGUCAGCGACUGGAUCUUCUGUGAGAUGUGGUCCUCUGUCAACUUCCCCUACUUGCACUGCAUGUGGCAUAUCCUCAUCUGUCUGGCAUCAUACCUGGGCUGCGUGUGCUUCGCCUACUUUGACGCCAUGGCAGAGGCUCCCGAGCAGGGUCCCGUCAUCUUGUUCUGGCCAAGCGAGAAAUGGGCCUUCAUCGGCGUACCCUACGUCACCCUCCUCUGCGCUCACAAAAAGUCGCCAAUCAAGGUGACAUAGCAUUCCCACCACGUGAAGAAUCGCACAAAAUGUUCGGCUAUGAAAAAAAAAAAAAAAAAAAAAAAAAAAACUCUACUGACGAGUUUUUCUUGGUGCUGUGUCUUUGUCCAAAUAUAUUUAUCAGACAUGGACAACUACGUCAUGACUGACUGGUUGCUGGCAAAUAAUCUUAAUGAGGGAUACACUGAGCAAAUAUGCCCAUUUGGACAGCUCAGUGUUCACUGAGGAAAUACAGGUUAUGCACCUUUUUUUCAUGGUAUAAAAAAAAUCACAAAUCAAUGUUUUGAACAUGAAAAUGUACAUUUAGUGUUUUUUCACUGUGAUUAAGCGUCUGUUACCGUGUCUCCAGUUUGGUUUUUAUCAUUCAGGUCAUUUCCAUUGUUUUUUCUGGGCCUUUUUACCAGUGCUUUACUAUGUUUGAAAGGGAAAUAUAUAAUGUAAUGUGCAUUUUUUGUUUUCUUCAUAUAAGCUAUGCAUUUUUGGAGACAUCUUUGUGUGUAUGAUAGCAGUUGCUUGGUGAUCAAAGUUCUGUUCCCACCUCUCAUUUUUUAAAUGCAUCUUUGUAAGAUGAAUGGAAUUUAAAGAUGCUAAUAUUUUCAGUCAUUUCCACUGUACACCAUUAGAAAUUGUUUUUAAAUACAUGGCUU